AGCUGCUUUUAAAAAUAAGUACAGGAUUAUUCUAAUGCUAUUCAAUUACUAAUCUUCCCAGAAGUAUCAAUUCUUUAUUUUCGGGAAAUUUUCAUAGAAUACAUAAACAAGCUUUUCACAGCAAUUCAAGAAUUUAAAGAAUUUGUGUUUAUAGCGAUUGUGCUGCUAUCUACUGGAAAUAUAUUUAACUGAAAAAUUCAUAUUCUGGAUGAAUUAAGUUGGUUUGAUAAUUUACGCGUUUUUAGUGACUUCUUCUGCAGUUAGGAAAUGUAAUAAAGAUGCUUCAAAGAAGAUGCAGAACUUAAUGAAACUUUCAACUCUAUUUUUGCUCAUUUUGCUAGUCCAGAGAAUUUGUUCAAAGUCACCUCACAUUAUUUUCAUACUUAUAGAUGAUUUGGGAUGGAAUGAUGUUAGCUUCCACGGAUCGAAGCAGAUACCAACGCCCAAUAUUGAUACUUUAGCCUACAGCGGUGUUAUCCUAAACAAUUAUUAUGUUCAACCACUUUGUACACCUUCUCGAGGAACUCUUAUGACUGGAAAAUAUCCUAUUCGACUUGGCCUUCAACAUGAUGUUAUAUAUGCAGAGGGACCUUGGGGUCUUUCUCCAUCCGAAACAAUUCUGCCUCAAUAUCUUAAACAGCUUGGAUAUGUGACACGAGGAAUUGGGAAGUGGCAUCUGGGACAUUUUCGUGAAGACUAUCUCCCUGUCAAUCGAGGGUUUGACUCUUUCUUCGGGUACUGGACCGGAAAAGGAGAUUUGUAUACACAUUCUGAAGAAGGGGAAGGUACAUGCGGACUUGAUUUCCACGACGACAACGAAAAUGUUUGGGACUAUACGGGACAGUAUGCAACUAAUGUAUACACGAAGAAAGCGGAAGAUAUUAUAAGAUCUCAUAAUUCAUCAAAGCCACUAUUUUUGUACUUAGCCCAUCAAGCUGUGCACGCUGGAAAUUCAUAUGCACCGCUGCAAGCCCCGCCAGAAUAUGUAGAAAUAUUUACUCAUAUUAAGGAUGCCGACAGGAGAAAUUUUGCAGGUAUGGUGUCAUCAUUAGACAACUCUGUUGGUGAACUUUUUUCUGAAUUAGACAAAGCUAACAUGCUUAAAGAUACCGUACUCAUAUUUACUACUGAUAACGGAGCUGCUGUGGAAGGCAUAGAUCAAAGCUCUGGAUCCAACUGGCCUUUACGUGGCUCCAAAUACAACAUGUGGGAAGGUGGCAUUAGAGGAACUGCUUUUGUAUGGAGUCCCUUGUUAGAGAAGACAGAUGGGAUAGUUUCUACUCAUAUGAUGCAUAUGAGUGAUUGGUUGCCUACUUUAUAUUCAUUAGCAGGAGGCGAUGUUAAAAACUUGGGAGAUAUUGAUGGCUUUGAUAUGUGGCCAACAAUAUGCUGCAACACAACUUCUGCACGAGAAGUAAUUCUCCACAAUAUAGAUCCAGAAUGGAAGGUAGAAGCGAUUCGAAAAGGGAAAUACAAGUUACUGAAAGGAAGUGUCUUUAACGGGAAUUUUGAUGGCUGGUUCGAUAAAGAAGGAAAAAAGAAAGAAAACAUUCCUUUUGCCGAAAAUGAUAUCAUGGUUCAAAGGAAGAUAUACAAGAAAUUUGCACAGGAAUCUAAGGUGCGGGCUAUCAUUUCAAAAUAUCAACAGAGUUCUGUUUCUCGUCACACUGGCAGUAUGACUGAUAGCUAUUGCAUGAUGGAAGACCAUAAUUCAGACAGUUUUAGCGAGGAGAGUGGCAUUUCUGAUAAUGUCCAAGAUAGUGGCAUUUACGACAGUAACGAGGAUUGUGGCAGUGAUAUUUGUGACGACGGCAUUUCCGGCGAGGACAGUGUCAUUUCGGACAGCAUUUCCAUUUUAUCUCACAAUCAAGAAAUUUCCAGAUCACCAUUAGAAGUUUACUGUGGGGUAAAGCCUGAAAAUGCAUCUACGAACUGUAAACCUAUGGAUUCUGCAUGUCUUUUUAAUCUUGAAGAAGAUCCUUGUGAAUAUAAUAACUUAGCAUACUCUUUGCCGUCGGUGGUUAAAGAGCUUGAAAUCUUGUUGGAUAUGUACAGAUCUUAUAGUGUUCCUAUAAGGAAUCGCCCUUUAGAUCCAGCAGCAAAUCCCAAGUACUAUGGAUAUGCAUGGGUACCAUGGAAGUCAUUGUCCACAAGAUUUCACGAAAAUUGUUUACAUUAAGUAAAUAAAUAAUACUUAUCAUAAA